UCACACAUCGAGGUCUUUGAAGGUCGAUUGGUAUUAAAUUUUCUAUGUACACUCCAUGUUCGCCAUGUCCUAGAGAAGUUGCAAAUGAUGAGGGAUAUCACAAUCUCACUAUACACCAAUAUCUGGAUGUACUUCACUCGUUUGUGCGACAAGUUGUCGUCAACAUACACGGAUAUAAAAACCUUCAAACCGAGUAUUUAACAGGACAAAAGAUAAGAAGGUUCGGAUGGGGAUAUUCAGGUCCUUGGCGAGUCAAACAAUCCAACGUAAUCGCAAUUGCGUCGCGAACUCCAUAUAAAUUAAUCCCCCGUUCACGACACUGACAAUGACACAGCACACCCAAGGGAAAUCGCUGGAACAUUUACAAAGCUUAUUUGGUAUCUAAGAUUCAAAAUUUUCAUUGGAUAUCAUAUCUGGAUUGCCGGUAUAUAAGCUUGUAUUACUGUUUGAAACCCUCCGCCACAGAGUCAGCCUGAAACCGCAAACGUCUGUGAUUGUCCUUUUCCCCAUACCUCAAAAAAGCUCCGACGUUUGAGAUUCUCUCAUCUCUUACAUGCUCUAGCACUAUUCUAUCAAAACUUUCUCAAGCCAUCACCUGCGAAGUGAUGCCUUUGCACUAUUCAUCCUUAUCCUCACUGGAGUUUUCUACUUUUAUGUUGUGCAUGGAGUUUCUUUCACUCGACCCUGCCGCCGAGACCCUUGGAGUCUUCGGAUUUUCAGAUCAAUCACUUUUUGAUGUUUUACUCCAUUAUGCUAUGCUAUGAGUAUGGGUAAACUUAGUCAAGUCGGGUAAAUUUGGAUCACAAACCCCUGGCGGCUCACAAGUUUGAUGGCGCCAUGAUCUCAUAUUCAUCCAUCCACAAUAUUCUCCCGCGUGUCGAGGAUCUACACUUAAGACCAGGCACCGGGGUCCCUCAAUUAUCAAUCAUAGCGCCAAGACUCGUUGAUGCACGGUUUUAGGAUCGUAUGCAUAUCUUCCACUUCGCUCAUUGAAUGUCUUGUUAUCUGAGGAUCCCCUUUAAAGUUUCUUCCCAUCUAAUCAAUUGUAAUUCUGCAGCUGCAGGCCACGCUCACUCAGUAUCUUCUUGUAUUCUUGCUUCACUCCACAGCUGGGCUGUUGGCGACGUUCAUUAAAAAAACUACAACAAUACUCGAAAGGCCGAAGACUAAAGUUUAUUAUCUUAGCGGGAAGAUUUGAGAAGAGGGAUGAAGGGCUUCAUGAGAGCACCGCUGUUAGUGGUAGUCGGGGUCGCAAGUUUCGCAUAUGUAUGGUUUAAGAGUCGAUUGAUGAUGUGGAUGGGGGCUGAUAAUAGUUUAGGCAUAUCCAAAGGAUCCAAGAGGCUUAAGUGAUAUCAUCGCCGCUCUUGAAGGUGGAGGAAAAGGUGAAAGUGGAGGAGCGGCGGCGGCGGUGACAAAUGAGAUCACAAAGACAAUGACUGUCACGAAAGUGAUUCAGGGAGCGGCGGCGCCAACAGGAGCGGCGGUGGCGUUGACAAAUGAGAUCACACAGACAAUGACUGUCACGAAAGUGAUUCAGGGAGCGGCGGCGCCAACAGGAGCUGCUAUACAAGCUGGAGGGACUGGGUAUGAUAAUCUAAUUCAUUUCAAUUGAUACUGGCCGAGGACUAACAUUUUCAGCGGCCAAUUCUCAUUCCUCACUUCGACCGUAUUUGCUUCAGGCGCUCCACCUACCGUCACAGUAACUCCUCUACCUCAGAUGAUUACUCAAACCGUCACUAAGACGGAGCAAGUUAUGGUUACUAUGAUGGCCACGGAAAUGUCGGUGGUAACAUCAAUGGUCACUAUGACUAUGAUGGUAUCAGGUAUGAUGGAUUUACAUUGGAAUGACUUGCAUGAACUAACUCAAGAUCAUAGUUACUAUGGAAGGAGCUGCGACUGUACCACCAACCAGCAUGUCCUUAAGCACGUCCUCCAGUACAACCUUGACCGAAGCCGCUAUUCAGGGAGCACCCGAGCCAACCACCACCACACCAACUGCAUUACAACCUGGUACAUCAAAGGCUCCUGAACUUGGAGCUGCACAAGUUGAGGAACCAAAGCCCGUGGACAUCAGCACAUUAUCCUUGGCCAGCACUUUGGUCCUUGGAAAUCUGGCUGUCGCGACAGCUAUCUAAGUCUGGGCUGAUGUUCAAAAAUAAUAAGAAAUGGGUUCGGAAGAUGUAAUAUCAGGUUGUGUAGGGCUAGAUUCCCCGGAGAUACUAAAUUCGUUGUAAAUAUACGUUCAGAAAGGAUGUCAGGAAAAAAGAAAACACAAAAAAGAAUAU